GCUGCGUUGCUGGUACCUGUAAACCCAGCGGCUCCAUAUUAAAACAUAUAUACUCUUUCGUCUUUGUCUCUCUCCAUCUCUUUAAUACUUACUGCUCUCUUCUCUCAUCUUCUCCAGUACAAAUUCGAAUCCUUCUUCUCAAUUUCUCUCAUCUCCUAAACCUACAUUUCUUUGUCUCUUUCCUUGAUUUCUUCUCUGGUUCGAUAAAAAUGCGUAUGAGUUGUAAUGGGUGCCGGGUACUGCGUAAAGGGUGCAGUGAUAAUUGCAGCAUCAGGCCUUGUUUGCAGUGGAUCAAGAGUCCUGAAUCUCAAGCAAACGCCACCGUUUUCCUCGCCAAGUUCUACGGUCGUGCCGGACUUAUGAACCUCAUCAACGCCGGCCCGGACCACCUUCGUCCUGCGAUCUUCAGGUCGUUGUUGUACGAGGCAUGCGGAAGAAUCGUAAACCCGAUUUACGGGUCGGUCGGCUUGUUAUGGUCCGGAAGCUGGCAACUUUGUCAAGCCGCGGUUGAAGCUGUGCUGAAAGGAGCUCCGAUCACUCCAAUUGCCUCGGAAGCCGCGGCUAACGGCCACGGACCUCCGUUGAAGGCGUACGAUAUUCGCCACGUGUCAAAGGACGAGAACUCCGCUGCUUCCAAUGACCACCAGCGAGUCAAGACCCGGUGCAGGGCCAGGAGAGUUGUGAAGCCGAAACCCAGCAAGCCGGAACUUGGGUCAGCUGCUGAACCGGUUCGGGUGGAAGGAAAUGAUCGGGAAGAGGAGAAGAGGGGAAAGUGGAGCGAGUGCUACGCCGAUCAAGAGCUGAUGAAUCGAUCAACGAGUCAUGAGUCGUCGCUGAGUCACCAGUCGGAAGUGGCGGUGGUAGACGGGGAGAGCAAGGAGACGGAGAGCAUGGUAUCCGUGGAAACGGCGGAGGCAUCGCUGCUGUUGAGAGCGGAGACGGGGAACGAAAGCGGUGGGGUUGAAGACGGAGUGGAGCUAGAACUGCGGCUGGGGUUGGAGCCGGUGGCACGUGCAAACCACGUGGUGCCAAUGAAGAAGAGGAGGAUCGAGGAGAACACGUGGAAUAUGGGGCUGGGACUUUGAACUGGAGUGAAGAGAGUGGAAGUUUUGACAGGCUUUUGUUCUUAUGUUUAUUGCUUUUGUUUUUUGUUUUGGUGGUUUUGUAUGUUUUUUUUUUUUUUCUUCUUUUGAACAGAAGAGAGCUUGUACAAAGCGUCGUCGUUUAUAUGGGAAAAGAAGUCAGUAAAUUUACAGAGAAAACAAAAAAUUCUUGCGGGACAAAA